AUGCACUACAUGCCCUCGUCUAAUCCCGACUUUCGGAUCCCCAUUCUGACUGCAUCCCAACUGCAUGCCCUCUUCGAUAUCCUCACCCACCAUGAAACUUAUGCAGAGGUCGAGCGCUUUAAGGAACCGGCUACCAUAUCCGAGUAUGGAUAUCCAUUCGGCCGGAAUACGCCGGAACGCAAUGGUGUGCCAUCGUACGCCCCGGAAUCGUCUGCGCCGUUGCUGGCCGGUGUAUUUCGAUCCAUUGUCCUGCAAUUCCCGGGCCUUCGCGAUCUUCCUCCCGAGUUCUGGUAUGUGAGGUUUCAGGGCAUCAUGGAAAAGCUUGCCGAGGCGGAACUCUCUGAAUCCUGUGACAAAGGUGCUGUGGGUACUAGAAAGACUCUGGCAACUGCCGCGUCGGCGAUUCACGAGGUCGUAUCAAGGGGGAUUCUCGGUGGCGUGGAGGAUGAUGCAAACAGAAACCUUCAGCGAGCCUAUAAUAGGUCCAAGGCGGAAGACUUGGUCAGGGCAUGGGAAGAUUCUGUACACGAGCUCGUGUACGGGAACUUGGUUGAGGAACUCUUCGCCUGUGCUGCAGAGAAACAAAGCCUCGAAGAACACUCGCCAGGGGUACAAGCUGCCGCAGAUUACAUUAUAAUUCACCUGGCUACGCUGGUGCACCACGUCUUCGUACUGUCACCCGAGGGCCCCUAUCUGCUAAAGCUCCUAGAGAACGUGCACAAGCUGCUGCCAUACUCGAUGAUCAAGCAGACGCUUCGUAUUGGGAACGCAGCAACCAUGCUGCAGGGCAUCAUGCGACUGCUACUGGCAAAGGUGGGCGUGGGUGCCAUUUCAAACUGGGUUGGCCUGACGCAGAAUGCCGAUGAUGGCAUGAACCUGCUUCAAAGGAUCAUCUCGCUUGUCUUGUCGUGGGACGCCCUGGAGUUCCGCAAGUCUGCCGACGCAAUCGAAAAAGCCAAAGGGGCCUCUAGCCCAUCCAAAGACCAGCUUUCUGCAAUCAGAGACCACCUCCGCAAGCCGAGACACGACCACGAAGAUAUUCGGAAAGAGAGCAUCCAGAUUCCCAGGUCCAUUAUUGUCACGAUUCUGGAGCGCUCGGAUCCAGCCCUGUUACAUUCACUCUCCGAGGCACAACACGCCCAGUGUUCCGAAUAUUUUGCAGCAUUGCUCGAAGCCCGUGACCGCGACGAGAUUUCGAAUGUUCUAUGUCGUCAGAAUCCUGAUCUCUUCACGCAGGCUAUCAAAAAUGUCGUGGCAAGCUUCGAGCCCAUGAUCCGGGCUGUCCAUGAACGAGUCGACCUCCGAGAGCAUGUCUCGGCGGCAGAGAGCUUCAUCACAGAUCUUAUCAGUCUCACCAAGGCCAAGAAGAGCGCGUCGGGGCUGCUCGGCUCUCGAUCGCCCAGCAAGGGCGACACAUCCGAGCUCCCUGCUCCUUCGGUCGAGGACUACGUCCUCCUUCUUCAGAACAACCGUCACCUACUCUACAACUGGCUUCACCAGGUAGCAAGCCAAUGUCCAGAAAUCAGAGACGACUUUUGUGCCUGGGCAAAAGAAACAAUCAAGGUCUUUCGCCAGCCCAACAAGCCGCCACCCAGACCAGAACCGGACCAGCCCACCACGUCCGUUGACAACGCCCAACGUUCCGGCGCAGCCGGCUCCCUAAGCACCCCCCUUCAACAGCUCUUCACCGGCCUUCCCCCUUCAACGAAACAGCACAUACUCCCGGCAAUAGACGCGCACGCAACCUACCUCUCUCGCCUAGAAACCCUCUCCCUAAGUCGCAUGCAACGCAUCCUGGAUAACAUGGAAGCCAUCACCUCCGCCACCUCCGCCGCCACCGCUACCCCAACAGCAUCGACGUCCUAUCUCUCCGCCUCGUACUGGUCAGGCCGCUCAUACCCUCGCUCGACCACCCUCAGCCCUCCUCUCUCGCCAGACGGAAAACCCAGGCCCAAGUCCUACUCUGGGCCAGGAAUGUACCUAUUCCGCUGGCAGCAGCUCCUAGACUCGACGAUUAUUGGCCCGGCCUCCCUGCAGGCAGGUUCGCUGAGGACGGGGAGAGACGUGAAGGGGGUGUUGACGAGGGGCAAGAUCGGCAGCGGUGGGGUUGGAGGGAAAGAAGGGUGGGAUUCGGGGUUUCUGAGGAGGAUUAUUGAGGAAGAGGAGAAAGAGGCGGGUGUUGAGACGGCGGUGGAUGUGAGCUGUGUUGUGGAGGCGCUCGGGGAGGGGUUUAGGAAGUUGGUUGGGGGUUUGGUGAAGAGCUCACCUCCAGAAUGCAUUGCUGAGUAA